AUGUCGUUCAAUCCGUUGUCUGUCAUUCUAAAAGAAAAUCAACUUGCUAAUCCCAAACCAUUUGAUUGGAAGAGGAACUUAGACAUUGUCAUGUCGAUCACCAUGGCUAAGGGCACUCCCGUAAGGGAACAUGUCCAGAAGCUAAUGGAGCAGUUCACUCGCAUGGAGUCUGAGGGUCCACGCUUUGAAGUGUGCAUCAAGGCUGACAUAACACUCUUUUCACUGCAUAAGGACCUUAAUAUGUCACUAGUGUUCAAGUAUGCGGCUCGUAUUAGUAAAGUUUGGCGAAUCAAGCGGCUCGAUACCUUAAGCCCUUUCGAUCGGAAGAUUCUACACCUUGAUCAGACUCUUUCCUUCUUGUUCAUCACUCCUUGCCCAUUCUAUCCUCAUCCGUACGAUGGAGAUAAGUCAUUCAUCAUGUCCUCCAUGAAGAAUGCUCAGUUAUGCUACAGUUACAAUGAUGUUAUUCGGAAUAUGCCGGUGGCUGAGCUGAUUAGGGAACUUGAGGCGGCUGAGAAGAUUAUCCGUGAGGAGCGAGAGAUGAUUCUUGAUGAACGAGAGAUGGCCUCGUCCUCUAAGUUCGUAGGGAUAAAAAGGAAAAGCAGCUCUGUUCAAGAAGCAGUAGAAUUGUCUAGAGCAGCAAGAUCGGGACAGAAGGUCGACUGUCCUCUCCUCAAGAAAGGUAACUCUCUUUUUAAUAUCGUAGAAACAUGUUUAGCGGUCGUAUCUACAAGAACCUGGUGUGUAGAUAAUGGAGCCACUGAUCAUGUCUGCAAUUUUUUGCAGGGGUUCCAGGAAACCAAACGACUUAAGGUGGGAGAGAUCACCGUCUACAUGGGCAAUGUUACAAAAGUUGCCUUACAUCGGCGCCCACUCAGAAAGUGUAUCUGUCGACAGCCAAGGCCCAGCCUUGGUCUUACAACGACAUACAUAUCGAAGGCCUUCGGCCACUGCCCCGGUCUUACAUACAAUAUGGCCUCCAUACAGAACUUAGGGAGACUGGCCAAUAUGGUCCCGUACCAUGUAGACGGGGAUAACCGUUCAACGGCCGAUACAGCUCACAUUGAAGGUUACAUGGGUAAUCGAACAGGGCUGAGGGCGUGCGUGUUCGGUCUCGACGGCGGGCCCUCAGACCGUGGGAUCGAUCGUGAGUGGAGGCCGAGGAUCCGGGUUCGCGUGCUGGAAGGGAAAGGGACACUGGCAUGGACGUGCGCUGUCGGCAAUGGAUUAGAGAUGAAGGAGGGAGGAUUUUGCUGCGUGAAGUAA